AUGGAGAAUACAUGUGACAGCCCAGGACUAUCCUCCACUUCCGCCAACACGGAGGUAGAGCUGCAGUCCGAGUCUAGUGACGGAACCCAGGGUCACGGCCAUCCGCUGCCAGAGCACCCAAUUCAGCAACUGCAAGGUGCAUUCAUAGAAUCGAUCCAUGAGGCUCUCCAUGGAGAAACAAAAGACUGGGUUGUUGAUCUGGACGCACAAUCGCGGCGCAGAGAACUACUCGAGAACGCUGAGUAUGAGCGUCUCUGUGGCAGAAAGUGGCGGCAGAGGACUGAUGAAAGAUACCAUCCAUUCUGGAAACUAAUCGCACAGAUGUCAUUUGGUCUACAUCUGUUGGUACAAGGGACAGCUAAAUCAAAUGCAGCAGUUGUGAAUAUCCUUCAAGUUCAUGUGGACGAGAUGGAUGGAUUUAUCUCGAGAACGAGGGAGGAUUUUCUUAUCAUACAACUCGACCUACGCACUCGUAUCCAGUACCUCAGCUUACCUCUCGAGAGCCUGGACCAUUUCGACGAAAUGCUAGCAGAUCGCAGCUUUCGCUUCGCUAUGAUCGAUUACAAUGCGAAGAUAGAGCUCGCAAUUGAAAGGUUCACCUUAGCGAUUGGCGAUUCUCUCCGUGACUUACAGAAAGGCAGGGAAGCAGUGGGGGCGCUAUGGCAGUAUCUUGGACAAUCCGCCAAGGACAAUGCCCCGUUAUCGGGCAGUUUGACCACUAUAUACAAUUCUAUGCUGGCGAAUACUGAAGGCUGGAACUCGGCCUUUUGUAGGCUCCGCAGAACGGGGCAUGCUCUCCAAUAUGCUAUCACUCAGCUCGGCCGAGCCGUGACUGAGCUGCAGCGACGCGUGGGCGUAGCGAGCAGAAGGGAAGCGGCGUCAUUUGUGCAGCCACAUCGACCCAUUUCCCGAGCAACAUCCUUUAAAGGAAUUUUUGAGAGAGUGUCCGUACACCAGAAAACCUCUUCAUUAGUUGAAAAGCCGCUGCCUUGUGAUCCUACUUUGGCGAAGAGGUCAUAUUCACGUCCUCAUACCAGCGUCUGCGGUUCUGGCAUACUCACACAUCAAAAAAGUGUUCCGAACCUAAGAGUCACCCCAGAUCCAGGUAAUCGCGGUGUGAAAGAUCAGGUACCUGGCCGAGCAAAAUCUGUGAAUGGCGCGCUCCCAGAGGGCUCGGAUACGGGCUCAGUGCUGCCUAAAUUCUCGAAGACCAUCAGUAGGAGAUUUCCAAAAGCCAAGCUCGUGACCAAGGCAGAUGUCGAAGUGGCGGAAGAUAUGCCAACUCGUCCCUCCACGGGUGUUUCGAGCACCCUGAAGUCUUUCAGGAAAAGCAGGCAUGGACAUUGCCAACAGUUAAAGCAACAAGAGCCAACUAGGGAAGCGCUACCGCCCGAUAGGAGUAAAAAACCAAACACUUCCAAUACAAUGACGAAGAGGGAAGCUAUGAGGGAACAACUUUUACAGUUUUUCAAAUCCGAUCGAGUUCUCGAGGCCUGGGAAGGCGUCAAAGAGAGUGAAAAGAAAAUUGGUCAACCUCUUUUCAAGAAAGAUGGCCUCUGGAGUAGAUUCCAGGCGAGGUCGCCGAGUGCACAUUCGGAAGAUUUUGCAACUGAUCCCCUCGAUGCACAGAUGCAGCUGGAAUGGCUGGAUGAAGAAACCAAGAACCUAAACACGUAUUCGUUAAAGCCCAGGUCUGGGCCUGGCCCCAGGUUUCAUACGAUCUCGGAACACUUGGGCUUUUAUCAGCAAACCUCAUACAAAGAGAAACUCCAACACGACAACGCUGAUAGCUCUGUGGUGUUUGAGGAUGACGAGUCGAUAAUAACAGCUCUUCCGGCAUUCCCCCUUCCUCCUGUCGGCCAUCGUCUUCCAGAGCCCUAUGAGUCUCCACUGAAUGGUACCACUGUUAAGAAGCCUGUCGCCCAAGGCUGA